GAUGGUCUAGUACAGCUAACAAAAGAGGUGUUGUACUGAAGACGAUUCACUGAGCACGUACAAAUUAUAGGGCCUUCUUCUGUUGAUCCCAAUUGAUUCGAUUCUACUUACGAUACGUCGCUUUCAACGAUACCUAUCAAAGCUUCUGUUAUAUUAGCAUCUAGCUUUACGCGAAGUCUACGAAUUACGAUACGACGGAAUUUCGCGAUUUACCUGGUGGACAUUUUUGAUUUUACAACCAUAAAUACACACACCACUUGAGAUGGCGUCCAACUCAGAAGAUGAAGUUAUGAACAACAUCUCCGAUGUUGAUGAGGAGGAUGAUCUAUUUGGAGAUGUUCCUGAUGAGGAGCCAGAGACCGCACCACCACCACCCCGAGUGUUGAGUGACGCAGAAUUGGAUUCGGGAGAUGAUGAGGGGCGCGAUGAUAGAGUGCCUGAUAGGGACGAUGAGGAAGAGUUGCCGGCGGAAGAUACUCGAAAUGCGCGAAUUCUCGAGGCUGAUAUAUUCAGACAUCCAGUUCCGAGACCUUCAGAUGGAGAAUUCCAUACAUUUCGCCUUCCCAAGUUCUUUGGAAUUGAGCCUCGAGAAUACAAUCCUGAGACUUUUGAGAUCCCCGUCUCCGAUCACCAUGUCUCUACCCAAUCCGCAAAUUUCUCUGCCAGGAACGUUGCCGAAUCAACAAUCCGCUAUCGCAAGUCAGAUUCUGGCAAACUCGAAAGUAAUACGAACAUAUACACCUGGAGCGAUGGAAGCGCCACUCUAGCUAUUGGCGAUCAACAUUACGAAUUACAGAGCAAACCUCUUGCGCCCGCUAAGGAUAGUAAAUACAACGAAGUCUUGGAUUCACAUAGUUACAUGGCUUCGCCUUCAGUUACAUCUCAAAUUCUUGUUGUUGUAGGACAUAUGACCAACGAGUACACAGUCAGGCCCAACAAAUCUAUCGAAGAUGAUGCUCUGAACAGAUUAAAGAAGAAUCUUACUGCAGCUACUGGUCUAGAAGGAGGUGAAAAGAAACGCCUAAAUAUGAUCGUCAAAAAUGAAGAUCCCGAACUUCAAAAGAAGCGAGCAGAAAUGGCAGAAAAGGAACGUAUGCGCGCUCAACGUCGUCGGGAGGCUCAGCUUGACAGAGCUAGUCAAUCAACUGGACGUCGUGUGGGUGUAGGUGCAGGUCUUACUCUGGACGAUUUAGAUGGUCGCCCUGGACGUCGUGGGCCACGUAAACCUGCUGGAGCUAAGCGUCCUCGUCGUAGACCAGAGUAUGAUUCCGACGACGACCUUCCUCGUGGUAGAAAUCGUGAAGAUGAGUACGACAAAGAGGAUGACUUUUUGGCAUCUAGCGAUGAGGAACUUGAGGAAGGUGGGGGAGACGACGAUGAAGAAGAAAUCCUUGAUGAGAGUGAUGAAGCUCCCAGACACAAGAAGCAGAAGACGUCAAAACCUGCCGAAGAUAGUGAUGCUGACGCAGAUGCCGAAGCUGAUCUGGAUGACGAGGAUAUCGUUCAAGCUUCACAUGCAGAAGCUGGUGGAAACAGGAGAAAGCGUAACGUUAUUGAGGAUGACGAUGAUGAAUGAGCUCAACUUUAGAAGUUUAAUAGUGGCCGUAGAUAUUGCGCUCAUAUACCAGGCAUUUCGAAAGGCAUUUCCUGUUGUUCCAUAACAUACCCGGCGUUUUCCAACAGAUUGUACAAUAGCUAACUCAAGCGUUCACUACACAAGGAUAAGGUAUUGGCACACAUGCAUUUUAAAAUAUGUGUAUGUUUUCAAAUACUAAGGGCCAUACUACAUGCAAUAUCGUUGUGACUCA